UCCAUUGUUAAAUCAUUAUCAUUAUUUUCCAUUUGAAUUAGUGGCACGGACUGAAACGUCACAGGGGAUUCCUAGAAAGCAUAACACUUCCGCUUUCGUUUUCGGAGAAUUCAGUCUCGCUGUGAACAGAAGCUGUACUUCGUCACUUGGACCAAAAUGGCCGAAAAAUUCAAAGAAAACGAGGGAGCUACUGGUGGUACAGACAUAUCCUGGGUGGAAGACGAUAUAUACAUCGAUCCACAAUACGCUUGUAGUAGCAUUUGUGUAACAGGUUUUCCAAAGGCAACGAGCCCUGAAACACUAAUUAUUCAUUUUCAACGCAAGAAGAACGGCGGUGGUGAUAUCAUUGCCGUCAAAAUGAAUAGGCAGGGAGCUGCAGUGAUAACAUUUGAUAGUCCUGAAGUUGCGAAGGGUGUGCAAGAACGGGAGCAAAAGCUAAAUCGUGAAGUUGUCUUAGUUGUGAAGCCGUACAACGCUGAGGUGUUUGAGUUGGUAUCUGCAGAUCUCUGCUUGGCGACUGUAGAAUUACUCACGCGGGGACAAACGUCCUCUCUCCUGAAGCAGAUCGCUAAAAAAACUGGUAUCAAUUGGAUUGAAACGAGUUCGACCUUUACAGUAUCAGGAAGUAUGAAACAAGUAGAAGUUUCUCGUGUGUACCUACAACAGGCCGUCAAUCAAUAUGGUGGAAUAGAGGAACUCGUUAGAGUGAGAAAGAAACGCGAACCAUACUCAAACACCGAGGAAAGCGAAUUUGGGCUUGGUAGCUCAGGUAACGAGGAAGAAUUUGAGAGAACCGAUAGAGCAAAGAUUGUAGAGCAAAUUCACUACCAGAACCAGGAACCAGAUGCAACACAAACCAAGUACACGGCGCCAUUCACCACUCCUGGAAUCCAGUAUUUUGAGGUUGAGCCAAAGUUAAUAAAACUUCUUCUCAAAGCAUACGAAGCAGACCUAAAGAGCAUCGAGACCACAUUCCACGUGAAGGUACCCAGAGAGGCUAAUAAGGAGAAACAGAUAGGCCUAGAGCCAGAUAGUUCGUGUACCGUUGAAGAAUACGACACCGCCUGCGACAAGUUUAUCGCGUUGUAUCAAAAAAUGGUCCCUACUGUAAAGAUGAAACGUUUCUCACUUAAGCAGAGCAAGAAGGUGAUUGGUGCGCGCAGUAAAAUUUCUGAAAUGGGAAAAAAUGUUCCAGUUUUGGUGGAGGUGGCUAAGGAUCAAAAGCACUGGGAAUUGUUCGGACAGGCACACGACUUGAGGGCUGCCCUAGAUUUCCUUAAAAAAGAGAAAAUAGAAGUAAUCAUGGAAUCUGAUAAGGAUGCCGGGGGAGCAAGUGAUCAUGCCUACGAAGAACCGACAGGUGAUGAUUCACCAGACUCUUUCGAAGAUGGCUUAAAGAAAGGUGCACUGGAAACAUUUAUCGGUAAAUUUAAGGUUUCGGUCUCCCAAUGCGAUCUUACAUGUGAAAGCGUUGAUGUCAUCGUAAACCCUACCAACACUCGGCUUCAACACGUAGGGGGAGUGGCUAAGGUCAUACUCAAGAAGGGAGGAGAAACCAUCGAUAAAGAAUCAAAGCGGAUUAUUAAGGAACGUAAACAAUUGAAAGACGGUGACGCUGUCAUAACAAGUGCAGGAAUGCUACCGUGUAAGAAGAUUGUACAUGCUGUGGGACCAGAUUGCCGAAAUGUGGAUUUGCCUCACGGUAAAAAAGUUCUUCGUCAAGCCUGUUUGAACAGUCUCAAAAUUGCACAAGAAGCCAAAAUGACCUCCAUAGCAAUGCCAGCAAUUGGCUCAGGCGUUUAUGAAAUGCCAAAGGACGCUUGUGCAGAGAUGAUGUUUGAUGCCGUUGACGAGUUCAUCAGGAAGGGAGAUCCUAAGAAGAAAACAAUCACUGACAUAAGGUUCGUGAACAUAGAUGACGCUUCUGUUCAAGCUUUUAGGAAAGAGUUCUUCACCAGAUAUGGCUAUAACCAAGAGGGCGGACAUGAAUCUUUGAAGUCGCCUCUGUCUGGUGUUGAAGGUGCAACACGACUGUCGAGGCCAAGUCGUGGAAAAGGGAAGGGCAAGAACCCCAGUGGUCCAGCCACCAACCCAAGCAGUUUGGAUGGAAACAAUCACUACGGCACCGCUUCAGGCAAAACUGCUUUUAAUGGUACUCAUCCCUUAAGUGAUUUCAGUGAUCCGUCGUCUGUAGACCUAUCGUACAGUGGCGCACUUAAGAAAAAUGCUAAUGGUAGCGGUGCGGAUGGAAAGAAGGAAUACUUUCUUCCUCCAGAUGGAAGGGGGGGUACGAUAGAUGAAAAAAAAGAAGAAGAAUGUCCUAUUUGCCUUGAUGCCAUAACUAAACCGAGAAGAUUGAAAUGCAGACACGCGUUCUGCACGGAUUGCCUUCAAAAAGCGUUAGACACGAGCAACAAAUGUCCAGUAUGCCAAGAGCCACAGGGUGCUCUUCAAGGAAAUCAACCACCUGGGCAUAUGGGCUUUCGUUUUGAUCCCCGUUGCCAUGUCCCUGGAUACAAAGGAUGUGGCGCAAUCAUCAUCGACUAUCACUUUCCAUCCGGAAAACAAGGACGCGAGCAUCCUAAUCCUGGUCAGUGGUUUGAUGGCACAUCAAGAACAGCUUAUCUUCCGGAUAAUCGUGAAGGAAGAGAGGUGUUGCAGCUGCUAACGAGAGCUUUUGAUGCUCGGUUGGUUUUUACCAUUGGUACAUCAAAUACUACUGGCCUUUCAAAUCAAGUAACAUGGAAUGAUAUCCAUCACAAGACAAGCUUAAGAGGAGGACCUUCUUAUUUUGGAUAUCCCGACCCAGACUACCUCAAGCGAGUAAAGGAAGAGUUGGCUACCAAGGGAAUCCGCUGAUUGAAGAAAAUCCUCGACUCUGCUUUGAAAUCUAGUUUCACUUUUCGGAUCUUUUGUAUAGUGAGUUACUAUUGAACCAUGGCUGCAGUGGAAUGCAUCUCUUGUAUGACAAAAAUAAUUCACCCACUAAGUUAAUAUUUAUAGUUUUCAUGCAAAAUAGCCGUGGAAUAAGAGUUAUAAAGGAUUUGCGCAUAACGAAAUGUUGCGAAGUCGACGAAAUAACUUGUUUCAGUGUGGAGUAAUAGUACUGAUGAAAGGUGGAAAAAAUUUCUUGAGUGACAAAUUUAAUGGAUGGUAUACCUCAUCCUUUCAAGCUCAUUUCAGGAAUGUAGAUCGAGUUAUUUAGGUGCAUUGCUUUGUCUGGUAUAUUUUACUUGUACUCUAACGUUGCUAAGAAUCUGUGUUUAUUUUACAGUUCAUAGGCGCUGAAAAAAUCUUUACAUUCUCUUUAGAGGUCUGAGCAGAAUUGAUUUUAUUGAUAUUUCUGUUAACAAUUACGUCCCGGAAAAAGGUAGAAUUAUUGCAUUAUAGCUGUAAAUGAAACCGUUUUUCUAUAGUUUUGAUUUCAUCAUAUCAUGGAAUUGAGAAGUGUAUGUCACUUAUUAGGCACUCGUUUGUAUAACAUUUCGACAUGGACAGGAAUGUAAGGCUCUUUCUUUUAUUUCAUGUUACUGUACAAGCAUGUUUGAGGUCAUUCUCAGUUUUAGAUUUAGUAGAGAAGAAUGAUCGUCAUUUUAGCAGUGUGUGAUUAAAACAAAAUUAAGUAAAAUCUUUAAAAAACUGAAGAAACUGGAGUUGCUGGUACUUCUAUAUAGCUCCGGGGGUAGUUAUUGCAGUAGACGAAUCAUU